AUGGGCUCAGAGAUGGCCCUUGCCCCUCUACGCAACCACGAAGACCCGACCCUCAUCCCCACUGCCGUUUUGUCCUCCUCCGCCGCCCUAGAAACGGCGUCGUCCCGUCAGCACUCCCAGCAAUCCAUACAAUCUCUACAGCCCAAGACACAUAACCAGCUCUCUCAGACCCGAAAGUCCGCGUCUUCCAGGGACCGCCACACCAAAGUCAACGGCCGGGGACGGCGAGUCCGGAUGCCUGCCAUGUGCGCCGCCCGGAUCUUCCAGCUGACCCGGGAGCUCGGCCACCGCUCCGACGGGGAGACCAUCGAGUGGCUCCUCCGCCACGCCGAGUCCUCCAUCGUCGCCGCCACCGGCACCGGCACUCUCCCGGCCGAGCCGAUUUCGACCUCCGCCCCCGCCGUCUCCUCCCAAGUGCCCUCCCUCGCUUGCCGGGCCCACCCGCUCAGCUCCCUCAACGGCGGCGGGCAGUUCAUGUACCCGCUGGUGUCGUCGGCUCAUCAGGCUCAACCGAAUCAGCCGCAUCAGCAGCCGAGCAUUCGGCUGGACUUGUGCCAGCCGGCGGGGUUGGACUACACCGAGUACCGGCAGCACAUGCCGUUCACGUCGUUGCUGCUGCAUCCGGCGGAGAAUGAGGAGGAGGAGGAUGGGCAGCAGGAGGAGGCUCUGUGUCUUGGGGAUGGAUAG